UCGUAACUUAGCAUCAAUCCCUUUUCUUUCUCUUAAAUCGUUUACCAAACAUAUUAUCUCCAAAAAAAAUCCCCUAAAGAAAGUUCAUACUACAAAAUGGCCUCAAGUUCUAUGAGCUCGUCUUGGACGUCUAAACAAAAUAAGAUGUUCGAGAGGGCUUUAGCCGUUUACGAUAAAGACACUCCCGACCGUUGGCAAAACGUGGCCAAAGCCGUUGGAAGUAAAUCGGCAGAGGAAGUCAAACGUCACUACGACGUUCUCGUCGAAGAUAUUGAGAACAUCGAACAAGACUUGGUCCCUUUGCCCAAAUACAAGACCAUCGAUGUUGGAAGUAAAUCACGAGGCAUCAUUGAUUUUGAUUUGAGGUUAAUGAAGAAUAUGAGAAUCCAGUGAAGUAAGCAAUACUGCCUAUAGAGGAGGAAUAUAUUCGCUUGCUGAUCACUGUAUCCGUUACCUUUUCACUGUGCUACUUUUUUAUUUCUUUUAUCUUAUUUAAUUUUUACAUCAAAUGAAUCAAAUUACGUAGAUAUUAUGGUUUUGUUUUUAUUGAUUGAUUAUUAUGUCUUUUGUCAAUUUUUGUGUUUUGAUUGAUAAAAUAUUAUGGCCUAGUUUCGACGCUUCACAAGCUAGUUAACUCCCUGUUUAUUACCAUUUUUAUUGUCCGUAAAUCAUUGGAAUUGCUUCUUUUUUUCCUCUUGUUGUUGCAUUAGAUUUAUUUUUUUUUUUUUGGUAAAAGCAUUAGGUUUAUUUUUGUUCCUCUUUUCCUAUGUAGUUUUGUGUUACAAACGAAUUUCGGUAUAAAAUUUAACAUUUACACAAAAAAAUAAAAAAAAUAAACUAGUUUACAGCGACUCUUCUUCUCUACAUAUAGGGCUAGUAGUCCGACAAAAGAAAAUUCAUUUUAUAAAUAAUUAAGAGUACGAAUUUCACCAUAUUCUAUAUGGACCAAAAAAACGCAUACGAAAAUCGUUCUAAUGUUGCUUAAUUUAGAACUCGUAUGAAACAAAACAAAAGCCACCUUACCUACUAUUUUCGGUAUGAAACAAAACAAAAGCCACCUUACCUACUAUUUUCGGUGUAACCGCCGUCAACGGUUGGCCGCUACAGCUUAAAAUAAAACCAAACUAAAUUAUCCUUUUGUUCUCCGUCGCAUAUAUAAGUAAGGACCAUUUAAAUUUACAACCCAACAAAAGAAGUACAACACAAAACCGUUUUAACUUUAUAUAGACAGGUUAAAUAAUAAGAUUAUUACCUCUAGUUUCAGAAUCCUUUAUUUGUUUUAAUAUAUUUUUAAAAAGAAGUUUGCCUGGAGAUAGAAUGGCGAAAACAUGGGUAGCUGUGGUGUUGUCCGUGAUGCUACUUGUUUCGAUAAACUCUGUGGUUGCUGAAGAGGAACAGCCGACGACGGUUGGGCAGAGGAUAGACUCCGCCUUGACAGGAGUCACCAAUGCAUUCAAUGAACACGGCGGCAAAGAUGCCGUCGAAACCAUAUCUUCCACCGCAAAGUCCGUUUACGGAUGGUUCGGUGAUAAAGCCAAGGAAAUGGGAAUCCAUUCCUAAACGGAUGAAUGAGUAAACAUCUUAUAGAUGUGAUGUGUUUACUUAAUGAAAAAAGCUUUACCUAUCUGUAAAUGAUUUUAUUUAUCAAAUCUCGAAUGACUAAACAUGUAUACCUGAAUGUAUUUAAACGGAACGCACGAGCUUGUCGAUUAUUCUGCUAAUCAUAUACCGUAAAUUAACUAAUUCCUUGAGUGUGCUCCACAUGAUGGGCCAAUUGUUAUAACUAAAAGGCUCACUACCCAGCCCAUUAUAUGUUGGGUCUGAAAGCCGAAAUGAUUGUGUGUUGGUGGAUGCACCAAAAGCUCAACCGUAAGAUGCACACCAGUUAUCAACCACUUAAUCUCAUGGGUCAGAGGCCGCCACGUAAAGACCCAAUAAAAGCAUCACACGUGGCAAAAUCUGAGCUAGUCAAACCGACCUACACCUUAAACUCCGCGCCUUCUUCCCCCAGAGCUGUGAAGAGAUAAGCGGCGGUCCCAAAUCUCUCGGCUUCGCACGUACGCACGUCACGUGCCGCGAUUGCUGACUUGGUUAAAAAGACACGUGGCGGGCAAAGAUGCAUGGUGCUAUUGUUAAGCACCAAUUGUAGACGAUGAGUUGGCGUGACACGUGUCGAACUCUCACAAUCGGUGGGCUCCUCAAAGCAUUUCCCUCUUUCUCCUCUUGGCUUGAGGAGUUGCACAGUCUCCCUCUCGUCUCUCUCUCUCUUCCUUUUUUUUUUUUUCUUCUUCUAAUACGUUUUUUUUUUUGGGUUCAAAAUCUUUUGUUUGAAUAUUUUUUCUUGAUGGAGUUGGAGCCAAUAUCGAGCUGUUGUUCUACCUCGUCGUCUGGCGAAGACGCGGCGGCGAACAUGACGGAGCUGGAGGCGGCAGAGGCAUUGGCGGAUUUGGCGCAGCUUGCGGUAAUGCGAGAGCAGGUUUUCGAAUCCGCGGCGAGCUGGGGAAGCAAAGGGAAACGAGUUAGGAAGCGAGUCAAGACCGAGUCUCCUCCGGCUGACUCGGAAACGUUACCUACUCCGGAUCUAGCUGAGGAACGGGCAGUGAAGGAAGAAGGAGCAGAACCGAUUAGUAGGGAAGUAACUGAAGUUCCGGUUAAAACUGAAACGAAUGGUGAAACACCUAAACCAAAUCUUGCUUCGACACUAAGGUGUAAUAGACCAAGUGGCUGUGGCCGAUCCAGGCAGAAUUUAAGUGAGGCUGAAAGAGAAGAGCGUAGAAUCAGAAGAAUACUAGCUAACAGAGAAUCCGCUAGGCAGACUAUUCGACGAAGACAGGCAAUGUGUGAGGAGUUGAG